ACGAUCACUACCGGCGGUUCUCUUACCGGUUGCGUUGCGCCGCUCCCACCCAAAACAACCAACUGGAGGAACACUAACUACCUGUUUCACUCAAAUGGGUUCCUGUUGAAUCCUUGAAGAAUUCAGAAAAGAAGCUAUUUUUGCGCUUAAACGAACUGCUUACUGGCCUACCCUAAUGGGUAUUUCGUGAAUGUUUCUUCUGUCUUUGAGUAAUUUGUUUUUGGUUUCUUUCAUUUUUGGCGAUACUUCUGAAACUCGGAAUGUUUGAGGUAUUUAAACGUUUUGGAUUUUCAAGAACCUUGAACAUGUUUCAUGGUGUCACUCACCGUGUUAAUGGAGUGCGUUACAGCUUAUUCCAGAGUUUCUGUGGCAUGAAUGAGUCAGCCGAGCUUCCCGAUUGGUUUAAAUCAUUGCAGGAUGACAAAUCUUCUUCCCUAGAUCAAGAAGAUGAUUUUGUGCUUCCAAAAAUUAUUAAUUGGGUCAGUAAUCAGAAGAUUGAUGACCGAAAUAUCAAUAUUAAAUGUGUGUCAAUUGAAACUAUUGAUAACGAUGUCGAUAAGAUUAGUAGAAUUCUAAAGGGUAGGUUCGGCUCACCCGAUGCUGUUGUCCAAGCUUUGGGUGGUUGCAAUGUUAAGGUCUCCAAGGACUUGGUCGAAAAACUAUUGGAAAGGUUUAGCAAUGACUGGAUCUCUGCUUUUGGUUUCUUUAAGUGGGCCCAAAUGCAAACGGGUUGUAGUUAUUCUGCUGAUAUUUUCAACUUGAUGGUCGACAUUCUCGGAAAAUCAAAGCAGUUUGAUCUCGUGUGGGAAUUGGUUGAGGAGAUGGUUAACUUUGGUGGAUUAAUCUCCUUGGGAACAAUUACUAAGAUUAUGAGAAGGCUUGCUAGAGCCGGUAGAUGGAAAGAUGCAAUAGAGACUUUUCGUGGAAUUGAACAAUUUGGCAUGAGAAAGGACAAUUAUACUAUGAACUUGCUCUUGGAGGCAUUGUGCAAGGAACGGAGUGUUGAGCAUGCACAAGCUGCGUUUUUGGAGUUUAAGAAUGAGAUACCUCCUGAUUCUCGUACGUUUAAUAUCUUGAUAAACGGAUGGAACAGAGCCAGGCAGAUGGACAAGGCCUGGUGGACUAUGGAAGAGAUGAAAAGACAUGGGUUUCAGCCAUGUGUGGUUUCUUAUACCAGUUUGAUCGAAGCUUACUGCUGCGAGAAGGAUUUCCGUAAGGUUUAUGCUAUUCUUGAUGAGAUGCAGGCGAAGGGAUGCUCUCCUAAUGUCAUAACUUAUACUAUUAUUAUGCAUUCUCUUGGGAAAGCAAAGGAAACACAUGAAGCUGUGGAAAUUUAUGAUAGAAUGAAGAGGAAUGGUUGUGUUCCGGAUACUUCUUUCUACAACUCUUUGAUUUACAUCCUAAGCAAAGCAGGUAGAUUUCAGGAUGCUCGUGGCAUAUAUGAGGAGAUAUCUAAGAGUGGAAAUACUCCAAAUGUAACGACAUAUAACACCUUGAUCUCAGCUGCUUGCGAGCAUUCACAAGAAGAAAUGGCUCUAAAGCUGCUUCAAGAAAUGGAAAAGAACCUCUGUAAACCUGAUCUUAAAACUUAUGCCCCAUUAUUGAAGAUGUGUUGUAGAAAGAAGUGGAUGAAGGUCCUUUUCUCUUUACUGAAUGAUAUGUUUAAAAAGGACGUCAGCAUUGAACUUGGAACCUAUACUCUUUUGGUUCGUGGCCUUUGUAAAAGUGGAAAACUGGAUCAUGCUUGUUCCUUUUUUGAGGAAAUAGUUUCCAAAGGACUGGUUCCUAGGGACUGCACAUACAGUAUGCUGGUGGAGGAACUUGGGAGAAAAAACAUGGAAAAAGCAAAGGAAAGGAUUCAACAAUUGAUGGCACAAGCAAGAAGUAUGGAACAAGCAGUGAGUUCUUGUAGGACAUAUUCAGAAGGGAUAGACUGA